AUGAACAGUACAUCCAACGCCCAGUGGGGGGUGCCCUACCUGAAGAAACUAGCCAACCUGAAUGAGGGCCUGUACCAGGAGAUCUAUGGCCUGUGGGUGACCCUGAUGGUGGCCAACACCCUGAUGUUCGUGCUGGAUGUGGUCCUUAACAGUCUGGCCCUCUACUUCUUCUGCCUGCCCUCCCGGACCUCUUCUGCCCCUGUGGUCUAUACAAUCAACCUGGCCGUGGCUGACCGUGGCUCUCGCUCCCGGCCCGCAUCACCCUCUACCACAGCGGUGGAAAGUGUUUGGCCUGCUCCUACGUCCACACCUUCAGCUACUUCGUCAACAUGUACUGCAGCAUCCUCAUCCUCACCAGUAUCUGCGUAGACCGCUACAUUGCCGUGGUGUCAGCCGGGGCCAGGCGCCACUGGAGGAUCCCUGGGGUUGCCACCUAUUACUUCCAGACCACGGCGCUGGAUAUCAAGGCCAUGUCGUGCUGCCGCCUCACUGCCUGGAGUUCCUGCUCCUCCUUGUGGUCAUUGUGACCUUUCCCCUCAGGGUGGUGUGCGCGCUGGCCGUCCCCAGGCUGAUGCCCCAGAGCCGGGGCCAGCAGGCCAUAGCGGUUAGGCUCCUGGUGGCAGUGUUGGUGGUGUUCGUCAUCUGCUUUACAGCUUUCCACCAGGCACUGGAUGUGGGGCGGGGGGGCACAGCAGGUGGUGGUGUACCACGCCACGGUGACCCUCAGUAGUCUCAACAGCUGCCUGGACCCCGUGGUCUACUGCUUUGUGAUGGACAGCUUCCGCUCGCAGUGCACCGGGUCUACAGGAAGAGGGCAGGGGUGGGGGUGGAGAUGGAGAUGGAGAAGACCAGUGGAGGAGACCUGGCCAGUGGACUAAGGAGUUUGAAAGGAUCAGGGACAGCCAUGGCUAUUGCUCACAGUGUGGCCACACUCAUUCUCAUCCCCUGCACCCUGCAACAGAUGGAGGAGUGA